AUGGUCAAACAAUCGCAUGCCUUUACCUCAGUGCCAGGCCUGGGACUUGUUCCAUACUUGGAAGGACAAACAUUACCCGAAUUCAAAGAGGUUAAAGGACCGUCUUCGAACGUAAUUCCUGAGAUCGAGGAGAUUGAAGAAGGAUGCAAACUCACCUUUCCCUACAAAGAUGGGACACGCACCAUCCAGCUUCAGCGUAUUCUCUUUCGUUCCCAUGGUAUCAUCGAUCGAGCUACCAUCGUCGCGCGAGCGGUGUGUGCUUGUACUCACUGUGUUCCUAACCACUGCGACUGGAGCGGGAAGAAACUUGUCCUGAAGCUCAGCUUCCCUAGUGUCACCCGAGUCUCGGAGAAGGCUUUUAUGGACCGCUGCAAAGAACAAGCAAAAGGUGAACAUGCCUGGGUUCUCAACCACUUGCCCCAUAUCUACUGGACAUUUGAUAUUCCGUUCCAUGAACGUCGUCCGCAGGCUUAUUUCAAGGAGAGGUUCGGGGACGAUUGUAAUUACGAGAUGCGUCUUCUACGGGGGUCAAUACAGGAAGAAUUAGAACCACUCUCAAGCUUGAAGACUGCAUCGGAAUGUGCUCAAGUCUUCUAUGAUAUUGUACAAUGUCAUCACUGGGUUCACACUUAUCCUCAAAUACUUCAUCGGGACAUCAGCGACGGAAAUAUCAUGGUGCGCGUCAAAGAUGGGAAGAAAUAUGGAGUUUUGAAUGAUUGGGACCUCGCAAUAUGGCUGGAUGAGCGAGACGGAAAUUCGACCUCGCAAUUUCGAACUGGCACCCGUCCUUACAUGGCUCAUGAACAACACUCUCCUGAAUGGGAAGGCCCGCAUCGGUAUCGUCAUGAUAUGGAGUCUCUGUUUUAUGUGAUUCUUCUGCUCGCUACCCUUUUCUCCGACCCUAGUGAGAAGGAUCAUGAACAUUCUAAGAAAAGGCAUCCCUAUACACAGUGGUUUACCCAGGGUGAUGACUUUCUCCUUGACAAAAAAACCAGUAUCAUUUUCCGUACCUCAUGGCGACCCAAUCUAACGCACUUCUUCCGUGACUUCUUUCAUUGGCUGAAAAGACUUCAUAAUUCCUUGCAUGACGGCUUCCUCACAUUAGAUGCCCAUAUCAGCCGACAAAUUGACACACCGCAACAAAUAUUACUUUUCGAUGACGAUACUUUGGAGGGUCAUUUUUCAUACGAUAAAUUUGUUUUGAUUAUGCAUCGAUUCAGUGAAGAAGACCUUGCAACACAUGGUUCUGAAUGGCAGGGAAAAUUGCGGGAACUUCAGAAAAACGAGGAUGAGAGGAAGAAAUGA